GGGCGUAGCAGGCGGAAGUAGGGGUGAGAAGCGGCUGCAACGCCGAGCGGAGGAGGCAGAAGGCGGAUAUCGAGGAGCGGCUGGGUGGGCACCAUGGCCGGAAUCACCACCGUCGAGGCGGUGAAGCGCAAGAUCCAGGUUCUGCAGCAGCAAGCUGAUGAUGCUGAGGAGAGGGCUGAGCGCCUCCAACGGGAAGUUGAGGGAGAAAGGCGGCCCGGGAACAGGUACAGAGAGAGCGAGGCGCAUGAGGAGGCUGAGGCUGAGGUCGCCUCCUUGAACCGUAGGAUCCAACUAGUUGAAGAGGAGCUGGACCGUGCUCAGGAGCGUUUAGCUACUGCCCUGCAAAAGCUGGAGGAAGCAGAAAAAGCUGCUGAUGAGAGUGAGAGAGGUAUGAAGGUUAUUGAAAACCGGGCCCUAAAAGAUGAAGAAAAGAUGGAACUCCAGGAAAUCCAACUCAAAGAAGCUAAGCACAUUGCAGAAGAAGCAGAUAGGAAGUAUGAAGAGGUGGCUCGUAAGUUAGUGAUUAUUGAAGGAGACUUGGAACGCACAGAGGAACGAGCUGAGCUGGCAGAGUCUAAGUGUUCUGAGCUGGAGGAGGAGCUGAAGAAUGUCACCAACAACCUCAAGUCUCUUGAGGCUCAGGCGGAGAAGUACUCUCAAAAAGAAGACAAAUAUGAGGAAGAAAUAAAGAUUCUUACUGAUAAACUCAAGGAGGCAGAGACCCGUGCUGAGUUUGCUGAGAGAUCAGUAGCCAAACUGGAAAAGACAAUUGAUGAUUUGGAAGAUAAGCUGAAAUGCACCAAAGAGGAGCACCUCUGUACACAAAGGAUGCUGGACCAGACUCUGCUUGACCUGAAUGAGAUGUAGAGCUCCCCAGUCCCGCCCUGCUGCUGCUCCUCCCUCUGACCCUGACUCCGCCUGAGGCCAGCCAGCCUGAAGCUGACCUUGAAACUGAGGGCUGAUCUUUAACUGGAAGGCUGCUUUCUCCUUUCAACAACCCCUCUACCCCCACCCCCUUGUCUUUUUCACCAAACUGUCUCUGCCUCUUCCCAGAGAUUCCAGCUGGGCUAAAGGCUGAGCACUUUUGGGAACAACAUUUAAGGGAAUGUGAGCACAACGGCAAAGUGUCUUUAAAAGCAUGUUGUGAUGUACACAUUUUGUAAUUACUUUUUUGUUGUUACAGUAACC